CAGUAGCAAAAGUCCCCUAAAGAAAAAAGAGAGAAAAAAAAAGAAAUAUAAAAAUCCCAGCAGGUGACCACUUCAUGCAGUCUGCCACACGCGCCAGGCGCUGUGACGUCACUCCUGUCCGAGGCGAGGCUUAAGCGGUUGUGUCCCAUGGCGGCGCGGCAGUUGCAUAGUGUCCGCAGUGAGGGACAGUUGUGUGGGGUACUCGCUCUGGACGUUGAGUUUCGUAAACAUGAGGGAACUGAACUUGAUUGAUCGAUGUGUUCUGGUGGUGAUAAUGCUGGUGUCGACGAUAACCAUGACAGCUGGUGGGUUACUCAUGCUUACAGAUGGUUACACUGAGAAGGCCCUUGUCUUUUUGGUAUGCGGAGGCACCACCAGCAUCUUCACCUGCGCCGGCAUAAUGGUCAGCGUCGUCUUCUCGAGGACGACCUCUUCCUCCAGUGACGCAGAGGCUCCCCCUCUCCCCUAUUCUGAUCCACCGCCCGAGUACCGCUUUACGUGGAGGGAGGAAUACCUGAAGAAAUCCCCGGAGAGCUUGAGGACCGCGCUGGAGGAGGGCGAGGGCGCAGCAGAAGGGCGACAAACCGAAGGGGAACGGAAGAUGGGCGCCGAGGCCACGGGUAAUAAGAGCAAGAGGAAGGACAUUCGGGAGUUCGUGUGGGCCCAGGGCGGGGAGAUCAGCGCGGUGCACUCGGGGCGCAGGAAUUCCGUCGGAGAUCAGGCUGGCACCAGUUCAGGGGACGGGCCUCGAAUCGGGAGAGCCACCACGGUCGCCACGGCAGGGAGUUACGGUGCCGCGAGGCCGCAGGGAAGGGCGGCACCCUCCAGAGCCACGAUAUCUGUUGUGCCCUUGGCGGGGGAGGAAAACGGAGGCUUGGUGAUGGAUGACGAAGGGUUGCCGACCUACGAAGAGGUGCAGAAGUGGUGAAAAGGGAGAAGUGAGAGAGAGAGAGAGAAAGAAUAAAUGAGAGAGAGAGAGAGAGAGAGAGAAAACAGUGAUGUAAAUAAAAAAAACUAGACUGAUAUAUCUGCAUUAUAAUAAUGUCUCGAUAUAUCUCUAUUCAUUCCCAUAUGUAUAAAGCGCAACCUAGUCAUAUUUUUCUAUGAUCUGUGAUUAAUAUAUCUUAGAGGUAUAUAAUAUAUUUUCUUAUAUAUUUUAUUGGAUUAUAACUGUAUAAAAAAACAAUAGAG